AUGCCUGACUCGGACAGCGGUGAUGAGUUUAAUGACGAGGUACAGUCUAGUUCCCAUCCCAAGCUCUCGAUCUCACCGAGUUCCUCGAACACACUUAACUUCUCUUCAACUACACAGAACUUCAUCGUCGAUAUCGACAGCAUCCAGGCCCAUGGGAUUGGUGCUGCUGAUAUCGCCAAAUUGAAGGCCAAUGGAUUUUACACUGUGGCAUCUGUUCACGGCGCUACGCGCAAGACACUCCUAAAAAUCAAGGGAUUCAGUGAAGUCAAGGUGGAAAAGGUCAAAGAGGCGAUUCAGAAGUGCCUGCCAUUUGCCUCUGGAUUCGUGACUGCCAUGGAACUCUGGCAUCAGCGGAAGAAGGUCGUGCGCAUCUCGACGGGGAGCAAGCAGUUCGACUCUAUCCUCGGAGGCGGAUUCCAAAGCAUGAGCAUCAGUGAGGUCUUUGGCGAGUUCCGCUGCGGCAAGACCCAACUGUCACACACCAUGUCCGUGAUUGCACAGCUGCCCAAAGAAAUGGGCGGGGCCGAUGGCAAGGUUGCUUAUAUCGACACCGAAGGCACUUUCCGGCCAGAGCGCAUCGCACAGAUUGCUGAGCGCUUUGGCGUCGAUCCGGAUUCCGCCCAGGAGAACAUCGCCUAUGCCCGCGCUCUCAACAGCGAGCACCAGCUAGAGUUGCUCAAUACGCUCAGCCGUGAGUUUGCUGCGGGUCAGUAUCGGCUUCUUGUCAUUGACAGCAUCAUGAACUGCUUUCGCGUGGACUAUUGUGGCCGGGGAGAGCUGGCAGAUCGGCAGCAGAAGCUGAACCAGUUUCUGAUGAAGUUGGCUCAUAUGGCAGAAGAGUUCAACGUGUGUGUUCUGAUGACAAAUCAAGUCCAGAGUGACCCUGGUGCAAGUGCCUUAUUCGCUGGGGCUGAUGGCCGCAAGCCUGUGGGAGGCCAUGUUCUGGCCCAUGCCUCUACUACGCGGGUACUUCUCCGCAAAGGCCGCGGAGAAGAGCGCGUGGCGAAGAUCCAAGACUCGCCUGACUGUCCCGAGCGAGAAGCGACCUAUAUCAUCACCAAUGGUGGCAUCAAUGAUCCCGACAAGAUCGCAGGGUACACGACCCUACCUUUGAAACUCCCUGAAACAUCCGUCUCCCCGGGGCCAGCAACGCAUUACCUCUAUCUCCGGCCGCACGAACCUCGCAUCCCAGACCCCGACUCCUCUCGCUCGCUUUUCGUCGUCAACGUCCCCAUUGAUACGACUGAAAUCCACCUGCGGUAUCUGUUCGGCACCCAACUGUCAGCCGGUCGCGUCGAGCGGGUCCAGUUCGAAGAUGUCCCAGUGAAAAAGCGCGGCGUGGCCGCCGCCACCGAGAACAAUCUCUCGCAUCGCAGCAAAAAGCGCAAGCGCGUCACCGUCGACGACCUCCAAAGUCGACUGGAUGAUGUGGCGCUCCCGUCUACCUGGGACCGCCAGUUACAGAAGAGCGGCGCCCAUGCCAUCGUCGUCUUCGCCGAUCGCCCGAGCAUGGAAGCUAGCCUGAAAGCCGCCGCCAAGGCCGCGAAAAAAGGCACCACUCUCGUCUGGGGCGAGGGAAUCCCCAAAGAUCGCGUGCCAGUACUCGGUUUGCAGCGGUAUCUCGCUCAUGAGCGACUCCGUUACCCGGAUCGGGCGGCGCUGCUCCGUACCGUUAACGACUACAUGACGGUCUUCUCGCAGGUUGCCGAAGCCCGGAAACGCGCCGAGUCGCAGAAGGCGCAGGAGCCGGACGAGGAUGGAUUUGUCACUGUCACCCACGGGCCUAAGUUGAACUCGAUUGCCCGCGAGGAUGAAGUCCGAGAAUUGGUCGAGAAGCAGAAAAAGAAGGCCGAGGGUCUGGAGGACUUCUAUCGGUUCCAAUCUCGGGAGAAGAGGAAGGAGCGCCAGAAUGAGCUGCUGAAGAAGUUCGACGAGGAUAAGAAGAAGCUACAGGAUAUCAAGAGCCGAAGAGGGAAGAUUCGGCCGGAGUGA